GUACAUAGUUAAACAUGUAUUUGAAGAGGGAAAUUAUCAUACGAUUAAUAUUGAACCUGUCUCUAAUGAUACCGGUUAGUUUGACUGAGUUGAGUUUAGAUGAACUGAUGUCACAUCGCAGUCGAAGACAGUUGCUGUUUCCUAAUUCAACACUAUUGCAACUCAACAUUGGCGUAGGAACACCAACUCCCGUGAAGACUAUCAACGUGAACUGGGCGCUCCAACUGAACUUCCAACUGCCUUGGAAUCGAACACAAAUACCUGUGGACAUAUUUGGCGCCAACACUGGCUAUGUUGGUACUGCAAGAAAGAAACGGGAGACCGAUGAGAAGUAUACGUGUGAUGCAAAGCUGUUCCACUUCUAUAAAUACGUGGAGGAUAUGUUGACCAGUUUCGGCCACAACGGAACGUCGUGCGUCCUCCGAACUUUGUGCCAACUCGGCUCCGAACCUCUUCACUCUACAAGUGACGAAGAUAUUUUACACGAAAUCGCGACAUUCGUGCUGAAUCCACUGAAUGAUGUAUUAGAGGAAGAGAAUAAAGAUUCAGCCCCUUACAUCCAAGCGUAUGAAGCUGGACGCCAGUAUCAAGACUGUUUUGUUAUGUACAAUGAUUGUCAUGUAUCUCUAAUUGAUUUAUUUACUAGUUUACAUUAAGUAAACAUAAAAAUUAUACUUAAAGGAUUUAUAAUA